GCCCCGGGCGGCGCGGGCGCGGACUCCACCUACGCCCCUGGCAACGGUUACCAGGAGACGGGCGGCGGUCACCAUAGAGACGGGAUGCUGUACCUGGGCUCCCGGGCCUCGCUGGCGGACGCGCUGCCCCUGCACAUCGCGCCCCGGUGGUUCAGCUCCCACAGCGGUUUCAAGUGCCCAAUUUGCUCCAAAUCUAUAGCUUCCGACGAGAUGGAAAUGCACUUUAUCAUGUGUCUGAGCAAACCCCGCCUCUCCUACAAUGAUGACGUGCUGACUAAAGAUGCGGGUGAGUGCGUGAUCUGCCUGGAGGAGCUUCUGCAGGGGGACACGAUAGCCAGGCUGCCCUGCCUGUGCAUCUAUCAUAAAAGCUGUAUAGAUUCAUGGUUUGAAGUGAACAGAUCUUGCCCAGAGCAUCCUUCUGAUUGACCUGCCAGGCAUGCUUGCUGACUUCUCUCUAAGGGCACCUUGCUAUACCUGCCAACCAUCCUGUCCCCUUCCCACCUACCCCAUCCAGAAUUUUGGGCUGACUUUCUUUAAUUCCUCAAAAAUCAGAAACUUGAAUCCACUUGAACAUCAUUUUUGUUUUAUUUGGGGGUUUUUUGUUUCAUUUUUUUGUUUUUUUUUAACUUAAAGGAAAAAUAUAUACAGGAGAGACAAUAUCGUAAAAACAGAGCUGCCUGCUCUCUGUACAUUCACCUCCACAGCCAAUGACACAGGGAGAGAAGAACUUAAAAAGCAAGGAAGAGAAAGUGGAAACAAACGCUGACUUGCAACUCUGAAAUGAGGUUGUUAUGAUGUUUGGCUCUAGGGCAAAAGGAAAGCUGACCCACAGCAGAGCUGUUGAGGGACGACUGGCCAAACGGAGCACGAUUUAUUUAUUACUAUGAAAACCCAGACAAAUGCCUGUAUCCCAAGAGAGCACCUCCAAGGAGGGGCAGGACGAGCGAGCGCUGCAGCCAGGAGCCCCUCUCACUUUUGCACUGACUAAGGAAUUUUUCCCUUUGAGGACACCAAACUGUAACUGGCAGAGUCUGACAAGAAGGAAAGGAUCCCCACAGAGGAAUGGGGCUGGUUCUCACGUUCAAGAGGCAUUGUAGGUCUGUCUUUAAAGUGUUUACAAAAAAAAUAGUGUUGACUGGUGUGUGUUUCCUUUUUUUGUUUUGGGGGUUUUUGGCUUUUUUCUUCCCCAGUGAUGUUUACAGACUGACUGCUCCGACUCGGCUAUAACCACUCAGUGACUGAAGGUAGCCAGAUACCACACAACUUUCUUCCUGUUUCCCUUCUGCUGUCAUGACUCCUAGUUGCCAAAAGACACCAUUGUCCACUGCCCUUGUUUCUUUUGAUCAGUCUCCACUUAACCUUCCUCUCCUUUUUUGUGUGUGUGUAUAAGGGGGAAGUUGCAUUACAGUUUGAAAGCUCUAAGAUCACAAGUGUCCUGCAAAGACGCCUAUCCUUUUUAUUAGACCCAUGUGGAUUUUUUUUCCAGGAAAAAAAUUUUUAUUAAAGCAACACCCCCCACACGCAUGCGCUGUGGAGGAGCGCAGAGGUGGGGGGAAUGUUUUAGCCAUUGCGUCCCCUGCAGGAAGGGUUUCUGUAUUUAUAUAUUAAAAUUAAAACUUUUAAAAAAAAGUUCAAAGCUUGGGGGGAAAAGGUUUCUUCAUUAGUCAAGGUGUUUUGAUAUGGUAUUAAAAUAAUGUUCAAUAAAAUAUUCACUGUUAUUUUA